AUGAUUGCUAGUGCCGUCACACUGACCCUUGCGGCGACCGCUGCCUCCGCCGCCGUCCUCUCCUACAGCGAGACAACCGGUGGCUUCCGCUCCCCCGCGCGCGGCUGGAACUCGUUCGGCCUGCAGGCCAACAACAUCAACGGCGACUUUUCCUUUGACCAGGCGCACGUCACCGCGCAGUGCGAUCUUCUAGCCUCGCAGCUCGCCGGCGCCAACUACACCCUGACCCUGUACGACGCGAGCAAGUUUGACGUCCCCGCGCUCGCGGAGCACCUACACGCCCACGGCCUACAGCUCGGCCUAUACGUCGUUCCGGGUGCGUUACGUACAGAAGUCAACAAGACAAUCCUGGGCACGGGUACCCGGAUCGGCGACGUCUGCACCGGCGACGAGGGCCUCGCGCGGUGCGUGUUCGACUACACCCGUCCCGAGGUGCAGACCUGCCAUGACUCUGUGGUACAGCAGUUUGCCGAGUGGGGCGCCGACAUGAUCAAGCUCGACUACGUCACCCCCGGCUCGCCUGACAACGGGCAGCACCUCCCCUCGGACCAGUCCGCCGCCCUCGACCGCUCGCCGGCCUGCUUCCGCGUGUGGAACGCGCACGCCGACGGCAUGCGCACCGACCAGGACAUCAGCAACUCCGGGGAGACCAAGCUGCUCGCCUGGGCCACCGCGAAGCGCGCCGUCGACAACUACCGGCAGUGGAUCGUCGCCGUGGGGGGCAUCUUCACCAAGGACGAGGCCGCUGCGGGUGCGCCCGGACCUGGACAGCCUGCACGUGGGCAAUGA